AUGCGCACAAUCACCAACCGGAUUGAAGAUGCCAUCAAUGCCGUCUACGCACCCCGUGGUUACACUGACAAGGACAUCGACCUGGCCAUCCUCGUUCAUUGCCUUGGCGGGCAAGCUCUCUUGACGGCCCUCAACAGGCGGCUUGCUAUCCCCUCCCUUCGGACGCUCGAGCACAAGCAUGCGUUUACCCAGGUUGAGGUCACCACCGGCCGCAUCCAGCCUUCCCACUUCACUCAGAACAUCCAGAACACCAUCCUGGCACCCCUGCAAAGUUCCCCCUUGUCUCCAGCCCUGUCAGGUCACACCAUCACCAUCGGCGAGAUGGCUAUCCAGGAGAAAGCCGACUUCGACGGCAAGUUGCAGAUGGUGCUCGGUAUCUGCCACCAGCACUCAGACGGCGUCAACCUCCGGCUCCACGAUGUCGCCUCUGCAGAAUGUAUAUGCGAGAAACUUGCCUCGGGCGAGUGCCACCUCGGGAAGGAGGCGACCAUCAUUGCGGUCACCACAUGGGGCAAUAACUCCAUACACCCUAUCCCUGCUGCCCCGUCAUGCAAGUCCGAGACGCCGGCUGAGAUUGCUGACACCAUGAAGCAGGCAAUCAACAGCUGGAAGACGACCGGUGCUCACAAUCAGCUAGGGCCCAUCUGGUCAGUUGCUACCGAUGGCGAUGCCACUUGCCGUCGUGGAUUUCAUGACUUCCUCCUCAAGGACGAGCUGGACUUCAACUCCCCCUUGUACCGUACUAUGUGUCUGCUCCCCGGGCUCAAUUUACAGGUUGGUGAGGGUGAUAUCACCCUGGACUUCAACUGGAAGCAUAUCUUCAAAUGUAUGUCUUUCUUUGCUCAUCGUAUCUGCAUUGCUAACAUCUUUAUUAGGUAUCUGUACACUCUUACAAAGCCCCAAGGGCAUUGUGCUUAA